AUGGAUGCUCGUUCAUCUAAGCUAUAUCAUGAGCCUGGCUUUAAUUCCCGAUUAUACCUUGAUGAGCUUUUCUCCAUUAACAUGGACAAGUCAUUACAAGAAGAAACAUUGAUAUUUCCAAUAAAAAUGAUGCACAAAGCAUUGCUCUCAGGUCUUAUUGGUGGGGACACAUUGAUUGAUGUUGCUAUGGGCCCUAUGGUUCAUCAUCUGUUACCAAUCUGCACACUUUUUAAAGAUAUCAUUAUAUUAGAAUUUAACGACGAUUGUGUCAAGGAAAUGGAAAAAUGGCUCAACAGUGAAACAGAGGCUUUUGAUUGGUCUCAUGCAUCACAAUUUAUAACGGAGUUGGGAGGCAACAGAGUUCACUGGCUGGAACAAGAACACAUGCUAAAAAAGACUAUUAAACACAUAGUAAAAUGUAACCUUGCAAAGGAAAAUAUUACAGAUCCUGUGAUUCUACCAAUAGCUGACUGCCUGCUUAUUGCGGGGGGCUUAGACGUGAUGAGCAAAGACCAUGACAGCUAUCGCCAAAACCUGAGAAAACUCUCCUUUUUACUGAAACCUGGAGGUCACCUUAUAUUAUUUGGGGCUUUCAAUGGCACUUUUUGUCAAGUGGGUGAACACAGGUGCCACAUUUUGACAAUAGAUGAAACCUUUUUACGCCAGGCUCUAACUGAUGAAGGUUAUACAAUAGAAUAUUUUGAAGCUCUUGAGAGAAGAGCAGAAAGUUUGCUUCUAGAUGCUCAACACUUUGUGUUUAUCCUGGCAACCAAGACAAAGCUAACUCAAGAAAAAACAGCUUCAGUACCAAUGCUAAGUGCUCAGAACUUUCCGAUUUAAAAUAUUAUUCAGUAGAUAUCCUAUUUUCAAAUAACUGUUUCCUGACUUUUCUUCUUAUAU